AUGCUAGUGUUCGGCGAUCAAGACCAUCGUGGCAGCAGUGUAGAAGAUUCUGACAUCGAAACCAUCGCCCGGUCGACAUCCUCGCCCGAGCCUGAUACCUCCUCCGCCGUGCUCGACGAUCUAUCUGAGGAGAGCAGCAGCAGCAGCACACCACAGAAAGCAAUAAAGGCCUCCCGCCACUCUACCAUGUCUGUGGCCUUUCGUGCCGAAUCCGCCUCGACGCUCUGCGAGCUCCUCUACUAUCUCGUGCGUGACCCCAAAGUCAAGAUCAGCUCUUCGAUCCUCCGCGUCUACACGCACACACAAUGCCUGCUCGGCAAGCCUGAGUACCUCCCCGAGAUCUUCGAUCUCUACGCACACAAACCCAUCCCCUCCGCGUCAGGAUCUACCAUCACCUACAAGGCUGCGCGACCCUGGCGCCUCGCAGCGGCCAUACCCCUGGACCUCGCGGCCGCAGCGCUCGCGGCCGCAAUCCGCAAGCGCGACAUGGGUCUGGCCAUCGCCAUCACCGACACCACCGUCGCGACGACGGCGUACCAGACCCAGCGCUUUCUCCAGCAUGCGGCCCCCAAACUGGGCCUGAUGACCAUGAUUCCCUUCACGGCAUACACGGCCUCCUCGUGGGUGUCUACCUACCAGAACACCUUCGAGCCGGAAAUGGCGCAGAUGAUGGCCAUCGCGGGCGCGACGGCGUACAUUGGCACGUUUGGCAGCAUUGCGUUCGUGGCGGUCACGACGUGGAGCGAUCACCAUGAUCGCGUGCACUGGGAGGUGGGCAAGUCGCUGUACAAGCGCUGGCUGAUGGAGGAUGAGAGGGCGUUCUUGGACAAGGUGGCCCAGGCUUGGGGUUUUGAGGAGAAGAUACGGAGAGGGGAGGAGCAAGGAGAGGAAUGGGAGGCGUUGAGGGAUACGGUGGGGUUGAGAGGCAUGGUGCUUGAUAAGACCGAGUUCCUACAGGGCAUGUCGUAG